AUGGAACCUCUACCGGAUUCGCAGACUUUGAUUCGAUCUUGCAACCUGCAACGGAAGGGACUUUCUCCGGCUAGCGAAAGUGUGGAAGGUGCGCCUCGCAAACGAAGGAGACACUCGUCCUCAUCCAGCUCGUCAACGGACUCGUCCUUGGCCAAGGUUAGCCGGCUCACGGAGGACCUUCGCUACAGGGACCCAUCGGACGUCGAGGACAGUUACGAGAACGAUGAUGACGGUGAUGAUGAUGACGAGGACGAACCCGACGAGGUGGAGGACGAAGAUGAGAUCGAGGACGAACUCGAGGACGAAGACUCCAAGAAACUGUCCCACAGUCGCUCGCCAUCGAAAAUCCCCACGGAAGGCAACGAACCACGGCAGGACGUGGCCGGCAAACGAGUGCCCUACCGCGGUAGUGUGCGUGCAUCAAUACCCGUUGUUGGUGGGGGCGAGAAAAACGGCGAAAAAUCCACGCCACUCGGAACAGCUGAUUUGAAUGCGCCACGGCAACAUUCGGUGCUCCACCAACACCAGCAGCAACAGCAGCAGCAACAGCAGCAGCCGGCCAGCAACUGCGCGCACUAUUACCAGCAGCAGCAGCAGCGUCACAAGCGCCCGAAAUACGACUACACACGUGAUCAGAUGUUUGAAAUUUUCCAACCGUGGGUCAUACGGACGUACGGCGACCGGGCGAAGACGAAAACGAUUACGCUGAAGAAGCAGGCGCGCAUCAUCAAGACGUUGCGUGGGCUGGAGAUGAACAAUCCCGACAGCUCCAAGUUUCGCUUCUGGGUGAAGACGAAGGGAUUCACCACAUCGAAGCCGGGAAAUUUUCAGGACCUGUUUACCCACCAUAAUAUCCUAGAAAACGACGGUUGCGUGCUGUUCGCCCCCAGCGGAGGCUUGGAACCUGGCCAACCGUACAAGAAAGUCGCCGUGGUGGAGAACUUCUUCGACAUCAUCUACGGUGUGCACGUGUCGCUGGAAAGCCGAGCCACGAGACAUGCCGGUCAGAAGCGCACCUAUCGCACGAUCACCGAAACGUACGCCUUCCUGCCGAGGGAAGCCGUCACCAAGUUCCUGUCGCUGUGCAGCCAAUGCUCGAAGCUCACCACCAAAGUGUACUCGCCCAAGGCGGACCUCAAGGUACGAUCCCGCGAGGACGAUGCAAACGGCGACGAUACACCGGCGAACAGUACGGUCUGUGAGCUGGCAAGGAUAUCCACGGCUCGUGGUGAGCUGGCGGAAUCGAAAAGCGCCAGUGCCGCGAACCUCCGGUACUACGAGCUGCUGAGGAGUUUGUACGAAAACGGCAAGUCUAACGGGACGCGUAAGGACCCGACGUCCUGCGAAACGCUGAAACGCGCGUCUGGCGCUGAAGUGAAGCCGGAAAAUGUGCGAAUGUCGCGAUCCCGGAGUGCCGCUAGUGCGGACGCCUCGUUGGCGUUUGGCGGUGUUCGUGGUGCAAUGGUCGUUGGUGGCCAAAGUGCGAGUGAUCGCGGUGGGUUUCGGGACAAAAGUGCGGUGGGGUUGAACAACAAUUGCAAUGAGAAAGUUGGCGAGGAAAAGCGAAAAGCGAAAGCCGACGGGACGAGACGAGACUUUGGGCUGGAGGAGGACGAUGCGUUGAACAUGGAUGCUAUAUCCAUGCCGUUCAGUGCGGAGGCAACGGAAAACAAUGGCAGCACAACCAACACAACCGGUGAGGACGCGUAUGCCGGACUGAUUAAAGACGCGGACAAGUUCAAGCUGAUGCUGCUGGCGUGGAACUACCAGAACUCGGCGGCAGGUAAAUCACAAAACGGAACGGAAGGUCCGGACCUGGCGACGAUGACGAACCUGUGGCAGCAGUACCAAAACGCACUGGCAAUGACGGGCAAAUCCAGCUUCAGCCAACUCCCGGUAAGUGAACGGCAAUCGUCCCCGAUCGAGCAGCAGCAGGACGAAACGAACUCGUCCGAGCAGAAGGACGAGGACGAUCUGUCCGAGGACGAUUCAGAGGAUCGGCUCGAGGCCACGGUUAACGACCCGGAACGGUUGAAAGCGUUCAACAUGUUCGUGCGGCUGUUCGUGGACGAAAACCUUGACCGCAUCAUACCGAUCUCGAAGCAACCGAAGGAGAAAAUCCAAGCGAUCAUCGACUCGUGCACGCGCCAAUUUCCCGAGUUUGCCGAGCGCGCCCGGAAGCGCAUCCGGACGUACCUCAAGUCCUGCCGGCGGAACAAGAAAACGCGCGAGGGCUGGGAGAACACGUCCCGCCCCACGCCGGCGCACCUCACGUCGGUGCAGGCGGAACAGAUACUGGCCGUGGCGUGCGAAAACGAGAGCCUUAACGCGAAGCGCAUGCGCAUCGGGCUGGAACCGAUCAGCCAGACGGUCAGUCAGCCGGCGGCGGUAAGUUUUAUGACGUCGGCCGAAUCGCCGACGGCGGUACCGAGCAUGUAUCAGAACCUGGCGGCCCGCGAACAGGAAUCCACGUCCGUGUCGACGAUCAAGAGCGAACCGAUGACGAGUGUGCCGAAGAUCUCGCCCGUACCCAGCACCCCGACACCGGACAUGAACCAGAUGAAGCUCAACAUACCCAGUGCCAGUGCCAGCUCGACGCCCACCAUCCCCACGACGGUGCCCACCAUCUCGAACUUCCACGACUACAACACCGGCUUCUCGAACCGCUCGCAGCACUACCAAAACUUCAUGAACUCGGUCAACAGCAGCAGCACGAGCAGCGGUGCCACGACCAACACGACCAUGUCCGCUGCCGGCACCGCCGCCCCGACCGACCUCUCGAUGAAACGACCGAUCCUGGCGCACAAGCUCAAUAGCGCCGAGAUAACGGCCGUCAAGCAGCUCGUCACCGGGUACCGAGAAUCGGCCGCUUUCCUGAUGCGCAGCGCCGACGAACUCGAGAACCUUCUGCUGCAGCAACAGUAAGGACAUAGUCGUGCGAAAGAAGAAGCCGUCUACGAAGGGGUGUAAACGGGCGAAAGUGUGUUUAGUGCAUCCAUCUACCCCGGAAUGCAUUUGGCGCAUGUAUAUUGAGAUAAGCUAGAGAAGAAGAAAGAAAAGUAUUGUAAAAAAAAAGACAGAUAAUUACCAGAGCCACCUGUGUGGCUUGAUUGCGCAGGGUUUUUAAAAGGGACGUUCCGGUUCGUAAAGGGGCUUCGAAUCCGACGAAAACCCGCGAGAAGGGAACAACGGACGGAACCGCGGUAAAUUAAAACACAAACUACACAGGGUGAUAUGAGAAACUACAAAAUCGGAGAGAGAGAGAGAAAAACGCAAGUAGAUGUACAAUUUUCGGAACAGAAAAUGUAAGCGAAAGGAGGAAAAAAGCUAAAUGUAAACGAUAGGGAAUACAGUGGCGGAAGCUACCGAACCGGAAGUCUCUGUCGAGCGGUAUGUGUGUGUGUAUAGAUGUGCUGAAGAGCCCAGUUGAGUUUAGGAACUACGAUCGUCUUUUCCUUGUUUACCUAUUACUCACUGUAUACCUUACCUAUACUAGCGCUAACCGAUUUUCCUUUUUUCCCCCACCCUAUUAUCGUCCUGCUCGAUGGGACGAGCGGGAUCCAGUGGAAUAAAGUCAUUCUUGGAAGAGGAAACAUGCCAACA